AUGACUAAUAAAGAAGUCAAUUAUGUUGCUGGCUCUGAUGCUUCCUUUUCCAUGGCCGAAAAUCAGUCUCAAAAUAGUCCACCGACGCCUACAACAAACCAACCACAAACUAUUGAUUUGGACAAACAAGAAGGCGACAAUGUUCAACACAAAAAGAAAAGGAAAGUUGGAGAAGCGGAUGAGUCUAAAGCUGAUGAUUCUAAUGCUGGAGAUUCAGGUAAACAAAAACCUUGUAGGCCUAAAUCUUGGGUUUGGGAUCAUUUUACAAGAGAUGAAUCAGGUACUCGGGCUAAAUGUAAUUGGUGCAUGAAAUCUUAUGCGGAUGAUUCACAUAAGAAUGGAACCUCAAAUUUAAAUAACCAUUUGAUGCAUCAAUGUAAAAAAAUUCCCAAACAUGUUCUUGAUCCUAGUCAAACCACUCUUAGCCUUCAAGAAGGCUCUAAAGUAAAUAUUAAUGCACUUGUUGGUAUCCAUUUCGAUAUUGAAUUGUGUAGACAAGCUUUAGCUAGAAUUAUAAUUGUGGAUGAAUUGCCUUUUUCUUUUGUUGAGAACGAAGGAUUCCGUCAUUUUAUGAGUGUUACACAACCUAGGUUCCCACUUCCAGGAAGGAUUUCAAUUGCUAGGGAUUGUUUGAGUCUUUACAUGAGUGAGAAACAUAAGUUAAGAAGCAUGUUUACAAAAACAAAUCAAAGUGUUUGUCUAACAACUGAUGCUUGGACUUCUGUGCAAAAUAUUAAUUAUAUGGUUCUUACUGCGCAUUACAUUGAUCAAGAUUGGAAGUUGCAUAAAAGGAUUCUCAACUUUUGUCCAAUAACUUCUCAUAAAGUGGAGAUAAUUGGGAAAAAGAUUGAAAAGUGUUUAGAGGGUUAG